AGAAUCAGGUGUAAUAAACCAGCUGGACUUUACCCACAGAUUCUGCACAGUGCGCACAACUCGUGAUGCACUGAGAAUUAUCUCUAGGCAUCUGUGAAUGGAGCGAGCCACACACAUUUCAGAGGUUGGUCUGUAAUAAAGGAUAGAGUGGCAGGGGGGAAAGAGGAAAUGGAAGUGAAGAGCAGCUUGCGGAGGGCCCAGUCUCUCAGGACUGUGUCCACUGAACAUGCCCUGUCCUGGAAAGCAGCUGGAGAUAGGAGGAAGUCUGUCUCACAGCUUGUGGCACAAUAUCAACUCUCUACUGGGAGUAAAACAAAGGCAAUUGAGUCAGUGAAUAUCAAGCACGAGCUGACCUUGCAGAUCACACCAACCUCUGUCAGUAAGAAUGACAGCAAUGUUGAGACACUAUCAAGGAAGACUGAUACCAAAGAGAGAGUCACAGCCUCUCCGCUCACCCGCAGUAAAUCUAUGGAAAGUCUACCUAAGAGUAAACCUGCAGGAACCACUGCUCUCAGGGCACUCUUUGAGUCAAAGGUCAUCACCAGGUCUACAAGCAGAAACAUGACACAUGAAUCGGUGGGCGCUGAGAAAACCCAUGCUCUUCAAAAUAACAACGAUGCUGAGGACAGAAAAUCACAAGCAGAGGCUGAGGUUAAUAAAAGCCAUGAUGAACCAGAGAAAAUUAUUGAAGAGGAUCAACUGAUUCCAAAGGGGGGAAGAACACACCCAGUACAAUCCCGAUCUGAGAGAAGAAAGACCAUUUCUGGCAAUUAUACUGAAAAAAGGUCCUCCCCAGAGGUGGAUAAAAGAAGGUCGGUUGCAGACUUCAGAGACAACUCAGCUCUCUACGGAGAGGAGAAACCCUCUAUUUCUGUCAAAGCUUUGUCAGCACUAUAUCUGUCAAAAGUGGCAGCUGCAGAGCCAGCAGGAAACCCCUUAAAACUGGAACAGGAUCUCACUUCUCCAACUGGAAAAAGGCCAAAUCCAAGCAAGAUGGCUGAAGAAACACAAAACAUCUCUAAACUUGCCGUUGCAUAUGUAAAGGACGAUGCACCCGAAUCAAAUCCAUCUACAAGUCAUCUGGAAACCAGCACUGAUGAACAUGAGAGACCCUUUUCCUCACCACCCCCUUCAAGAGAAGCAUUGUCCAAUCUGCACCAACGGCGACAGAAAUGUGAGCUUAGACGACUGCUAAAACACACGUGUCCUGAGUUGAAAAAUAUAGACAGCAUGGUAGAGGAGGAGCUGGCUAAUGUUCUGAACUCCGACCCAGCUGAAGACACUGGAUACGAGGGUGAGGUCCAGUCCAGAUGCUGGCUAUUUGAGAACCACACAAUCAACACAGUUGAUUUCCAUGACCAAAAAGAACAACAGAUGAAGAGUAAUUUUCAAGAUGAUGACAUCAAGAGAACCUCUGGCUUGUUGUCUGGUUCCCACAACGAAGAGAACAAACCACAAUCUUUCUCUCAGCCCAGAAAUCAACUAAAUGAAUCAGAGGAAGUAACAUCAGAGCAGAUCAUCAAUGUGGAUGUCAAAGCCACUCGAAGGAUGUUUGAAAUUCAACCAGUGGACACUCGGAGUGAAAGACUGGAGAGUCCCUGUCCAAUAAGAAAUGCUGUGAUUGAGAAGAAACAUGGGUUAGACCAAAAACCGAAUAACACGAGUAACUACCAUUGCAGUGAUGGAACUAUAACGUCAGAAAUCCAACAAAACAAUGUCCCCAAUUAUACAAAUCUCUCAGUAACAAAUGAAGUAUUUGUAGGUAUAUCUAGAGCCAAAGAAGUAUUUGAAAACAGAUCAAGUUACAAGGUGAACCUGUCAUCAAAAAAUGAAAGCUUUAACGAAGAGGAAGAAAUGCUGAAGGCCAAUGUAAGAAAACGAGCCCAGAUGUUUGAAUCGACUCCACUUGAUAAGAUCAAUCAGCAAACUAAGGAAGAAUCAGAUACUAUCUUGGAGAACAUGGAAGAGACUCUUAUUUCUUUAUGGAACUUCAAUGUCAUUCAUUCUGACGGAACUCUUCUUGAAGCUAAUGAAGCUGGGCAGGUCAAGAAAGCAACAUAUAAUUUCAUCCAAGAUAAUAAACCUGAAAUUCAAGAUGAAGAGAUAGCGACUGGAAGUAUAAAGAGCAUCAUGCUUCAGAUGCUGUCAGGAACAAACCUGGACCCAAUUGUGACCUUCCUAAAUGAGGACAAUCAAGGCAAUGUUGAGAUUAAUAAAGUAGAUGUUCCCACUCAGCAACUUCCAAUCAUGGUACAUCAAGAUAAAGAGUGCAGAACUGCAAAUGUGGUGCAGAUCACUGAAGAUCUACUCGAUCAAGAGAAGAACUACUUGAUCAAGACCCUGAGAAAAGGAGUUUUAAUACAAGAAAUUACAACAAGAACACGAGAGAUAACAGUUUAUGCUCUCUUCAGCCGAAGUAGAGUGGUAGAGUUUGGCCAAAUGGAGUGUAAAUCUUCCACUUCUGGUCAAAAGAAAAUUCCAGAGCCUGAAAAGGGUGAUCAUAAGACAGACUCCAGUUGCACAUCAGGUGCUAUGCAGAAAAAGUCUUCAACAAUGGAUCUGGAUGCAAACAGAACUAGUAAUGUGCAGCUAUUCCGAAGCUGCACUGAGAAAGAUGACCUUGAACAUCUGAAACACCUACAGAAAACAUCAUCAGAAGAAGAUUUAAGUGUUUCCUAUGUGGAAGGAGAGAAAGCCAGUGAGAUUAUGCAAGGUAAUGUUAAAAGUAUGAAAGCCCUUUUCACCACCACCAAUUUGGAUUACACAAACUUAAAUCCGCAGCCACCUGAAAACAAGUUGAAAGUGUCAACUAAACAAACUUUGGUGACAACUGAGAAAAAUAAGACUGAAGAACCAAACCAGACAAAGGUUGAACUAUGUGGUGAUAAUGUGCAACCAGAGCUUAUCCUAAAAGAUCAAGACAUAAAAGACAUUCCUUGCAAAGGAAACAUGAAUGAAGGAGCUGUUCUUCAAGCAGAGGUGGUUGACAUUGUAGAAGAUGAUGAGUUACUAAAUCUUAAAACAACCAUUAUUAAUCUUCAUCAGGCUACAAUGGAGGCAAAUGUUCUUGACCAGAGUGUACAAGCAAAACAUCAACCUGCUUGUCAAAUGAACCAAUCCCAACAAAUAAGUGAUCAUGGUUCAGUGAGCCACGAGUCUAUGAAUAUCAAGAAAGAUGGUAGUGAAAGUGAGAAUGAAGAGUCCUCACAGUUUUCCGAAACAGAAGAAGAAAAUAAGGAGGCUGUAAUGAGAGGUAGCAUACAAGCAGCUCUUGAUUCCUUAAGAAAGUCCAACAUUAAUAUCACAAAGGGGGAUUUUAAAGCUGCAAUGAUUUAUAGGAAUUCUGGGAAAGGAUAUGCAGGACACAAGAAGGAGACAAAUGUGGAUUUUUUUAAACAGCCAAGUUGUAUGACAAUUGACUCAGACAGUAAGUUAUCAGCCACUUCUCCUGUGCCUCAAACUGAACAGGGAGCUGAGACAACCUCUUGUCAAAAGUUGUUUGAAAACAAACCAGAGACAUAUACCUCCAUGAAAACCAAAUUGCAUGGCUCCACAGACAAUCCUCUUAAGAAUCCUAAAACUCCCAUUGGACCCAAACCAGCUAUACCACCUAAACCAGAUCAUUUAAAAAUUAAACCCAACCCAAGCGCAGUUGUUGCUCUUGGUUAUGAAACCAAUACAGAACAUUUCAACAAUAGCCAAAUCAUUGAUACCUGUUCAAAACUGCCUAAUGGAGAGAUUAAAGAAUAUUCAUCUCCGAAACCAUGCCCAGAACCAAUGUCUUAUAAUGAUGAUCUCUGUAAAAACUUGCAGCAUAUUGGUGAUGCCAAUGAAUCUGAUCCUAGGGAUCCUUCAAUAAACAUAAAUGAUGGAAGUCCUGAAGAUAAUACUUCCCCACAAUCAAUGCUCAAUCCCGUAAAUGUAGUCAAAGAACCUUCAAAGAGCUCUGUGGAAAGUCUACAGGGUAUAAAUGAAUCUUCAGUAGGAUUUCAUGCUACUCUUCAAAACUUUGGGGUCAAGGUAGGUGGAUCAGUGCCACCAGUGAAACCUAAAAGAUUAAAAAUGGCUAUAGAUCAAUCAAUGAAUGUCGCAGAGAACACUAAUAACAACAAUGGCUCCUUAUGUGACACCUACAAAAUAGACGGUAACAACUGUCAAGGAAGAAACAUUAAAAGUGAUAACCAACAAGAGAGUGGAGUUGUCUUGAGAGAAAAGAAAAUGAAGGGAGAGACUGAGGAUGAACGAAGGCAGAGACUCUCAGUCCACAUGGAUGAAAUCAUGAAUGGAAACAUUGUGGCUGUCAUGAAGAUCUUUGAAAAAUUGAAAAAGCAAGAGGAACUUAAGAGCAUACUUUCCAAAGUGGAAGAAAUCGAGGAAGAUACCAAUGAAGUAGACAUGAGCUCUCUUAGAAACAUUUUUGAGAGUGUACCGGAUUGGGUUGUACCACGAGAAAAAAAAGCAAAGCCAAAAAAUGUCCAAAUGGAGCAGAGAGGAGAAAGGCCAAGUGAACCUGAGAUGAUGUCAUCAAUGGAAGUAGCUUUUGUGGAUCUGGAGAAAGUUGGAGUUGAGAUUAUCCAUUUAAAAGAGCAAACACUUGCUAGGCUUGUGGAUAUAGAGGAGGCCAUCAAAAAGGCCCUUUACUCAGUAUCAACUCUAAAAUCUGACUCUGACAUUGUAGGACUCUCUUGUCUCUUAAAGGAGUCCAUGGUGGUGGUGCAAGGCUCACCCCCCUCAGGUAAUAUUAGGAAAAUCAGCAUUGGGUCAUGCAAAUCACCAAAAGCCCAAAACCAGAAUGGCCCUGGGACUUUUAGGAAAGGCAUUCCUGGACAAUCAACAAAACCAGCACAGAACACAAAUCCAGACAUUUUUAUUCCAACUACCAAACAGAAAUCAACAUCUCCAGUGUCUCCUUCAUUCAUUUCCAUUCAGUCUGCAGCAAAAAAUCCUUCGGAGUCGCUAUUGCCUUUAACAUCUCAAAAAGCAGACCCAAAGAAGUCCAAGCUCCAGUGUUGCUGUAAUGUGGCUACAGACCACAGGCAAUGUUCUGUCACAAAGGGGGCCUCCUCCAGUCCUGCAAAUCAAAGACGGCAGGUCAGUGUGCUGGAAGUGCAAACAGUCCCAGAGGAAAAGAGAGUCAUCGGCACUAAAACAGUCAGUGAGAACUACGAGAGGAGAGACUGCUUCGGUUCUACUCCUCCAAAACCUCCACAGUCAUGACAACUGACGUUUAUUAUGAGUAGUCCAGCCAUGUCAGAAAUUGUCACAUACCCAAAAUUCAACACACCUUUAAUCAGAGAGGACCGGCCUCUACUGUAAAUGUGGGAGUAUGAUGUAGGAAAUGUAUUUCUGUUUUAGAUUAAAGUAAUCAAAAAUAUUUAAUGUAUUAGCGUCAACUUAAAUAAAUGUUUGUGCAUUUUUGCUUGGUGUUCUUUUUUAAGUAACUUUAAGUAACUAAAUUAUUUAUAUUUACCUGUAAGAUCCUUGUUAGUAGUUUAGUGUAAUCAUAUAUAGUAAAAUACAUUAUUUCCAAAGUGGGUUGAAGUCAUGCAGAAAACUUUACUAUGAAUGUCAAAAAUGAAAUACAAUUUACAUUUCUGUCAGAUUUGUCAAUAAAAAUAAUAAUGGGAACUAAGUGUGGCACAUUUUAUAUCACAGUUAACAAAUAGUUGUUUCUGAUAUUUCACUGAAGCAAAAAUAAAAUUAAAAAUACAGUCAUCUAAAAACUAGGGCUAUCGAUUUAAUGCAUUAAUUCAGUGCGAUUAUUUUAUUAAAAAUAACGCGUUAAAAAAAUUAACGCAAUUAAUUGCAAUGCCCCCAGACUGUAAUAUGGAAGAUUCCUGAGAAAUGCAAGCUUGUAAUACCACCUGUUUACUCCAGAGGGCAGUAAGUGAAACUUCAGCUGUGUGGGCAACACGCAGUUUAUACAGUGAAGAAAGCAACCAUCCAGCAGACAGAACAACACAAACAUGCGUUACGUUCUUGCGUUCAAAACACUUGAUGGAGCGCAAUCCGAACUAAGAGAUCUCAACCUGUGUUCUAAGUAUUAAACUAUAUUUAACUUGACACAGUGACCUAAAAAAUUUAUGUUUAUGACACAACGAACCCGAGAUGCUACACAAGCAUGUCUGACACAGGUGUCCUUAAACAAGCCCUCAUAA